AUGGAAAAUCCAGUGACAAAGCAGCAGGAACAACACAACAGUACUACUGUUGUGCACACUCCAGAGGUGCUUGUUCCCAAUGUGACUGAUCCAACUCCAUGGAAAAUUGUGACAAGGAGGACUAAGGGACUGUCUAGGAUGAGGGCUUUGAGCCCUAGCAAUCCUAAAGAGCUAACAGGAGGUGACAUGGAGAUGCAUAACCAAACAAACCCCCCUGAUGAAGAAGCUCUGUUAGAAACUAGAGUUAAAGAAAGCAAUUUCAAUAGAGUAGUCAAUAAAUUUGGGAGAAGUUGGAAAUGGGAGAAUAAUUACACUAAGAACCCUAGAGGUAGAAUCUGGGUAGGGUGGCAGUAUCUUGAAGUUGAUAUCCAUGUGUUACAGGUUCAUGAGCAAUAUAUUCAUUGUGAAAUUAGGGAUAGGCAUGGAGUGGUGGAUCUGUAUGUCACUCUGGUGUAUGGGCUUCACUCUAUAGACACUAGGAAGAUCUUGUGGAACUCUCUUACUACUCUUGCCUCAAGUGUGGGUAGGUGUCCUUGGAUUAUUACUGGAGAUUUUAACUCACCUCUGUAUGCUGAUGAUAGAAUCAAUGGUGCUCCUGUCUCAGCUGCUGAAAUGAAAGACUUUAAUGAAUUCAUCACAGGUGUUGGUUUGUGUCCUUUAAAAAGUGUAGGGCAUUAUUUCUCUUGGCACAAAGGUACUGGUGAAGGCAAAAUAGCUAGCAGGAUUGACUGGUGCUUGGGAAAUGCUGAUUGGAUUCACAAAUUCAGUAAUGUUCAAGUUGAAUACCUGAACCCUUCUAUCUCUGAUCAUUCCCCUUUAUUGAUAAAUUGUUUUCCAGAUAAAGCUGAGGGGGGCAGGCCUUUCAGAUUUUUUAACUAUCUGGAUGAACAUAGUAAUUUCUCUGCUAUUAUUCAGACAGCCUUUUCUGAUGAGGUCCAUGGCACUCCUAUGUUUAAACUUUGGUGUAAGUUGAAAAAGGUCAAGGCAGAACUCAAAAAGUUACAUAAAGAAGACUUUUCUGGUCUUACUGAGAAGAUUGCCCUUGCCAGAAGUGAGCUUGAUAAUGUUCAGCAGAAUUUGCAAACUACCAGCAUACCUGAACUUCUUAAUCAAGAGGUUGUUUGCAUUAAACAGCUUAGGCAUUGGCUGAGAAUUGAUGAGAUAGCACUGAGACAGAAAUCCCGGAUACAGUGGAUUCAGCUAGGAGAUUCUAACAAUCAAUUUUUCUUUUCCACUGUGAAGGAAAGGGCUAGAUUCAAUAGAAUUUCCAUCCUGUAUGAUGACAAUGGCACUAAAUUGGUUGAACCUGAUCUAAUUCAAGCAGAAAUUCUGAGCUUCUAUAAAAAGCUGCUUGGCACUUCUGCAAAUACUCUUCCCUCUAUUCACCUUCCAACUAUGAGAAAUGGCCCUACACUGAACAAUGAUGCUAGGCAGGAGCUGUGUAGGAAUGUCACUGAUGAUGAGAUUGAUUUGGCAAUGCAUGGGAUUGGCAAUGAUAAGGCUCCUGGACCAGAUGGACUAAAUGCAGUCUUUUUCAAAAAAGCUUGGCCUUUCAUUAAGCAGGACAUUUACAGAGCAGUGAAGGAUGUUUUUGCUACUAAUUCAAUGCUACCUCAGUACAAUUAUACCUCUAUUACCCUCAUUCCAAAAAUUCCUAAUCCAACCAAAGUUAAAGAGUACAGACCAAUUGCAUGUUGCAAUGUGGUGUACAAAAUUGUUUCAAAAAUUCUCACUGCAAGAAUGCAAGGGGUGAUUGGGCAGGUUGUAAGUGAAUGCCAAUCUGGUUUUAUCCCUGAGAGGCAAAUUUCUGACAAUAUUUUGCUUGCUACAGAACUGAUCAAGGGUUACACUAGGGAUCAUUUAUCACCCAGAUGUAUGCUCAAGAUUGAUUUAAAGAAAGCCUAUGAUUCAAUUGAAUGGCCUUUCUUGGUUAGUGUUAUGGAUGCUUUGGGUUUUCCUCACAGAUUUGUACAAUGGGUGUUCACUUGCAUUUCCACUGUCUCUUACAGUGUGCUCAUAAAUGGGAAGCCUUGUACACCUUUCCAAGAAAAAAAAGGGCUGAGACAAGGAGACCCCAUGUCUCCUUUUUUAUUUGCUAUUGGUAUGGAGUAUCUUUCUAAACACCUCCACGAGUUGCAGUCCCAGCCUGAUUUUAACUUUCAUCCAAGAUGUGGAAAGCUGGCCCUUACUCAUUUGAUGUUUGCUGAUGAUUUGCUCCUAUUCUGUAGGGAUAAGGCUGAAAUUUUGAAUGUUGUCUCUAUUCAUGAAGGUACCUUUCCCUUCAGAUACCUUGGUGUUCCUCUCUCAACUAAGAAACUGAAGUAUAAUCAAUGUAGGCCUUUAAUUGAGAAGGUGUUGGCUAGAGCUAAAGUUUGGACUGUCAAGCACCUUUCUUAUGCAGGUAACACUGAUCCUUCAAAAAAAGCUCUCGUUGCUUGGCACAUUCUUUGCUUGCCUAAAGUUGCUGGUGGUUUAAACCUUAAAGAUAUGUGUUGGUGGAACAAAGCAGCUGUUGCUAAAUUGCUUUGGGCUAUAACUUAUAAAAAGGACAGGCUUUGGUGUAAAUGGGCUCAUGCCUAUUACAUAAAGGGGAGGGAUAUUGGGAGUACUCACUGGCCUGUUAACAUGUCUUGGCCUUUGAGAAAGAUUCUGAAUUCUCAGAAUUUAGUAGAUAACAUUAGAGGUUGGAGUGCAUUUCACAGACCUGUUUCUCAGUUGGAUAAUGAAGUGAUGUUGAUGAGUAGAGCUGCCAAAAGAACUGGUGACAGAUUCAAGCUGCUUCUGAUGUUCUUUGCAGAAUGUCUUUAUGGUAUAUGGCUGCAAAGAAAUGCAAAAAUUUCCACACAAUCCUGCAGAAGUCCCCAUGAUCUUCUGAGAGAUAUCAAGUAUAGAGUGGCAUGUAGAGCUACUGACCAGCAAAAAUCCAUUAUCUUGAUCUCCAGUUGUUCUGUUGGCUUUUGGGGCCUUGUACUGAUUGUUUUCCCCUUUCCUCCUGGGCUCCUCAGUCCUUACCCUUUCGGUGCUUCCCUUUCCGGUCUUCCCUUCCUUUCGCAGUUUCUUUUUCCUUGUUCUUUGUGUCCGCGGUUGUCCAUGGAUACACACUUGCCUUCUUUUCGCCGGAUCUGGAAUUUGAUCUCUCCAUUCGCCAUUUUCUCCGAUAUAGUGGUUUUCACCAUUUUCUUCUUCCUCGCUUCGCGUACUCCUUCAGUCCUUCUGAAUCUCCUCACUAUCAAUUCGUCUCUUUCUCCCUGGUAUAAUUCUCCUAAUCUGGGUUUUUUUUUGGGAUAUGGCUACGAAGCGCCACCAAUCACAGGUUUACGCUUGGCUGCUUCCGCGCCAUCUACAACAAACGCUGCUUCUCAUAGGCUUUCUGCUGUUAGAGUUUGUAUGAGGUAA